GAAUACCGACAAUACUAAGAAUAAACUUGAGGAUCAGAUUUAUAAUAAGAACGAUGCUGAUGAUGAAGAAGUAAUGCUACCAGGGUUUAGGUUUCAUCCUACCGACGAAGAACUCGUAGGAUUUUAUCUUCGGCGAAAAGUGGAGAAAAAACCUUUGAGUAUUGAGAUUAUCAAACAGAUUGAUAUUUACAAGUAUGAUCCAUGGGAUCUCCCAAUGAGUCCAGUUGGGGAUAAGGAGUUAUAUUUCUUCUGCAUAAGAGAAAGAAAGUACAAGAACAGCGUAAGACCAAAUAGGGUCACAGGAUCUGGUUUCUGGAAGGCAACUGGUAUUGAUAAGCCAAUAUAUUCCGCUGUUGCAUCAUCAGGAGCAUCUCAUACCAAUAAUAACAACAACAAACACUGCAUCGGUCUCAAGAAAUCAUUAGUGUAUUACCGUGGAAGCGCUGGAAAAGGGACCAAAACAGAUUGGAUGAUGCAUGAAUUUCGCCUUCCUCCUCCUGUAGUAGCCGCUGCUGGCACGUCCUCAUCCGCAAAAUUGAACACUACCAUCCACCACCUAAACUCUAAGAGGAUUAGUAGUAGUACUUCUACACAUGAUCAAGAAGCUGAGAUCUGGACACUUUGCAGAGUAUUCAAGAGAACUGUUGCAUCAUAUAGCAUUACCAAUAAGAACAAGUACCCGCCAACAUCACAUGAAUAUCACAAAGAGAUAACGAUCAAUGGUACUGCUACAAAUAAUAAUAUUUCUUCAUCAACAACAACUAAAUCUUAUUCGAGUCCUCAACAAUCAUUUAGCAUGGAGUCUGAAAACUGGUCAUCAUCCUCCACCGAUCAGAAAUUCAACUAUUAUACUUCCGAGGAAUAUUCAACGACAUCAGCACAGGUUAAUAGUAAUAAUAAUCAACAAGAAAGAAUAAUAAACAAGACCAGGCCUGGAGGAGAAGUCGUUACAAAUAAUAAUCAAAUCCAUUCAACCGAAAGAGAUAGUAGUUAUUUGUUUCCCGGGGAGUUGAUGACCGACCGAAUAACUCAUCAUCAUCAAGAAGCAGCCGUAGUUUUGCAACAAUCGAAUAAUAUUAGUAAUUUUCAAAACUUACAUGGCACCAGAUCAAAUGAUAUUUUCUUCUUAGAUUAUGGAAUUUGGGAUGAUCUGGGGUCUGUAAUCUCGUCUGAUCAAGCUCUUUUGUAUGGUUACAUAUAAUACUGCGGAUAUAUAUUGGUAGUGUACUAUGUUUUAUUACUAUGAAUAAUGUAAAUGAAAAACUAGUCAAAAUUAUUACUAAUCAUGAUUAUAAUGACGCUGCCCAGAAACCUAAAGUGUUCAAUCGGAAGUGUUA